AUGGAGGAGACGUUGGAUCCCUGGGUGCAAGUGGCGGCAGCCUUAGACCUGCAGGAAGGGAAAGCGGGAGCUGAUUAUUCGCAUGCAGCUUCAGCUUUGAAAGAGAAAUAUGCAGAAGAUAUUGAAGUAGCCUUGUUGGAGAAUAGGCUGGAGAGAAGAAACCAAGACGCAGUUGCAAUGUCUGUGAAGAAACUUCGAUUGCCAAGUCGCGUAUCACCACGAAAACAAAAACCUGCAGAUUGUCAUAGUCUUGCCUAUGCGGAAAAGGAAUGGACGUUUCAAAGCAGACGCUUUUUAGUGAUGCGGGCAGACAGUUCAAAACAGUUAGAGGAUUGUUUGCAAUCAUACAUGAAGAUGAAUAAAUGCAACCAGGAAGAGGCGAAGGAGAGAUGUGAAGAGUACAAGAUUGUACUAAAAGAGAAUUAA